ACUCUGACGUCAGAACUCCAGACCGGAUCGAAGCGAGGCGACGCGGUCGAUACCUACGCACACAAUGACAAAGCAGUCAGACCGCCGCGGUCAGAGAGAACGCACGUUCCACGCGAGUUCGUUGAACGCAAACUUGACCGCCACCAUGGCACAAACAUCCGAUACCGCGAAACUGAUAGAAAAAGUUCGCCGUAGGAACUUCUUGUACGAUCUAAGUGACACUGACUAUAAAAAUCGUGAAAAAAAAGCUGAUGCUUGGAUUUCAAUCGCCAACGAAAUGGGAUAUGAAAGCGGAGUGUAUUGGAGCGCAAAAUGGAAGUCACUAAGAGACAACUACAAUAAGUUCAAAAAAACCAAGCAAGAAUCAACGGCAGCAUCCAACAAAAAGUACAGAAACUGGCCUUGGGCUGAACACAUGAAGUUUUUGGAUGAUUUCUCAUAUACCAGACCAUAUUCCUCUUACAUUAACUCAACUCAGGACACCCAAAACGAUGCAAACCCCAACAAACCAAGCACAUCACACAAUUCUGCCAAUGAAGAUGAAGAUACCCAAGCUCCCGAUACCAAAAUUAGUGUCAAAAAUAUUGAAUUAAAACACAGAAGGUAUAAAAUGAAAACUGUCAGCAAAAAAUUGGGGCAGAAAAGAAGUUUCGACGAAGUAGACCUAUUCUUCUUGAGCUACGCGAAGAAUUUCAAAAGGUUGUCUCGAAAGAGUCAAGCGUUGAUGAAAGUUGAAAUCGCUUCGCUGUUCACGAGGUACGAGCUUCAGGACGAAAAUGAUAUGGACGCACAGACUCCGGCUUUCCAGAAUUUUGGAAUUUUUACACCAUCAGUGUCGUGUAUUUAUGAUAACGAUAAUUCCGACUAACUUUAUCAGAUUUUUUGAAAUGAGAUUCCUCAUUCCGCCUUCUUAGAUUUGUUUGAAAAUAAAUAUUUCUUGUGCCACUGA